AUGGCGUCCCCAGGCCCAGAACCGGCACCUGAAGUUACCACGCCCAAUAACAACAGGGCUCCCCAUCAAAAGAAGAAGGAUAGGGACCUCUCCGAUCCUGAUGAUGCAUCUACCAGCGAUGCAGCUUUCAAGAAAGCUGCAGCCGAGAGCCAGCGGCGGAGUGAGCUUAUCCUCAGCUAUGCGCGCCUUCCCAAUGGACAAGAAAUUGAACUUCCUCUUGAUGACGACUUCAUCGGAUUUCAUGCACUUCCGCGUAAAGGCUACUACAUGCGGCUCCUCCAGCUACGGGAGCAGGUAAACAGUCAAGACAAGCGAGCUUUGCCUGAGUCGUUUAAAGCUCCUCCGCCUUGGGUUCCAGAUCCGACUGACGACGACGCCAGAGCUCACGCUCACUGGGGCGAGGACGAAGAAAACGAAGAAAAUGAUUGUAACAGUCAUGGUUCUCGCUCCGCUUAUAACAGUAGAAGACCUAGGAAGAGGGUGUGCAGGAGACCAAAUCGGACCCCAAGAGCGCAGCGAUACCACAAGAAGUUCUACCAUUUAUCUAAAGAGUUUGUUCUCCCAGAAGACGAAUCCGAGGAAGAAGAGCUUCCUGAGCACAUUAUAAGAAAGACGCCACCCACUUUUAUGGGCAUUCCAAGAGAGAUUAGGAUGAAGAUAUAUCACCACCUACUUGUCAACAAGAAACCGAUUACUGUCCACGGAGAAUGGAAACAAGUUCGCAGGAGCAACUCAUUGCGUUUGUCUACAGGCAUCCUUAGUGUAUGCAAGAUUGUGCAUGAAGAGGCCUGCGUUGUGCUGUACGGAGAAAAUGUAUUCUUAUACCUUCUCCGCGAUCCGAUCUACUCUCAGCAGGCCAUUCUCAGUUUGGCGACACAUGAUGGCGACAUAUCCGCCGAAGACGAAGGCGAGAGUGGCUCAGAGUACGAAGACGAGGAAGAGUCCCUGUUCUGCAAUGACCACAGAGAGAAAUGUAUUGACAUCGCCAAGUAUGCGCAUCUAUUUCGGAAAAUUGUUGUUGAGGCAGAACACAAUCGAUACUCGAAAGCAACUCGAGAGAGUAUGGCCGCAGCAAUUAAAGUGUUUGCCAAAUCUAGUGAUGGCGCGCCCAGAGACGACACUUGCAACAUCCGUACGCUGACCAUUCGCGUAUCGCCUCUUUGGCAUGAAGAGGAAGAUGAGCCCGGAACAGGACGCUUCACUUUUAUUGAUUUCUUUGAAGCCCAAGCACCUGUCAUCAAGGCCAUCAAAACCGUCGACUGCCAAAUAUUGCACGUCGAGAUACUCACUAGGUACAUGAGCCGACUCUCUUCUAACUCGGCUAUAACCUUGAGCGAAGACGGUUCGGUCCGUUUUACCGUGGACAGACGCUGGGAAAGAUAUCACAAUAUGAUCCGUCAAGGAAGAGCGCACCAGGGCGUUCUCGACGAAAGGGAUAAGGUUAUGCAGUAUCGGAUGUCGCAAAUGACCAACAGGACCUCAACAGCCAUAGAUGAGCUGGCCAAACACGUUGAGGCGCAGUGCAACGAGAGAAAUUUCCAUCAAGAUACGACGAUGGGUUUGGCAAUCAAUUGGCCAAACCUUGACUUUGAUGAUGUCGAUGAUGUGACCUACUGA